AUGGAAUAAGCACAAUUUUCUCUAAAAGAAGUUUGCAGAUAAAGGAUGAGAAACUUAUUUAGGCAAUUAAGAAUCGAUAAUCAACCUAAUUUAUCAACUUCCAUUCUUGUUGUAGAUCAGAAGACUUUGAAAAUAGUGUCUGCUUACAUGAAGAUGUCUGAAUUAUUGGAAUAAGGAAUAAAUGCAGUAGAAAAUCUAAAUUUGAAAAGAAAACCUUUUAAUUUGGAAGCAAUUUACUUUAUUACUCCAACUUAAGAGUCCGUUGCUUUAUUGAUGGAGGAUUUUGCAAAUGCGUAAUUUCCACAAUACAAAUGUGCUCAUGUGAUUUUCAAUAAUAAAAUGACAUAAGGCAUAGCUCAGAAGAUGCAAUCUGAAUAGAAUUUAGUCAAAAAAUUAUCAACUUGCAAAGUAUUCAAUUUAGACUUUAAUUGUACUAAUGAGUAAUUAUUCACAUUUGACAUGAUUUUCGGAUUAGAAGUGUAUAAAGGAAGAAAUGUUAUCCUGCAAGAGAUGGCUGAAAAAAUCUGUACAGUUUUGGUUUCAUUUGAGAAAUUUUAUACAUUUGAAUUGAUUUUUAGAUAAGACAAUUGGAAAAUCUGUUAAUAAUUGGCAUAAUUCACAUAGGGGAGAUUAAGAGAAAUAUUAGAAGCUCUAAAGAGAUCCAACAGUUCACAAUAUGAUCAAAAAGAUAAAACAUGUGGAAAGAUAAGAUUAGUGAUAGUAGACAGGGCAAUAGAUGUAUUGUCACCAUUAUUGCAUGAUUUCUAUUAUUAACCAAUGUUUUAUGAUUUAUUGGAAAUAGAGAAUGACAUUUACUAAUAUGAUAUGCAAUAAGGAGAUAAGAAAGUUUCUAAGAAAUAACUCAUCAAUGAUUAGGAUGAAUUAUUCAAGAAAUAUAAAUUUAAGCAUAUUGCUGAUGUAUUGGAAGAAGUGAGUAGUGAUUUCUAAACAUUUAUGUAAACCAAUACAGCUGCUAAGGUUGCCAAGGAUAAAGAUUAAAAUUUGACCUUAAAGUAAAUGACAGACAUUGUUAAAACCAUGCCUUAAUACUAAGAUUUAGUGGCAAAAUACACAAUGCAUAUGGAAAUUGUAGAAAAAUGCUUAGAUUUAUAUCGACAGAAGGAUCUACAGGAGGUAGGAGAAUUAGAAUAGACCUUAGCUACAGGAUGUGAUAAGAAAGGAUCUUCAGUAGCAGGAGAGAAGAUCAUUUAGAGAAUUUUUCAAGUACUAAAAAAUCCAAAAUUAAAUGAAUUUGAUUUUGCACGUCUUAUCUUGUCAGCCAUCAUCCAAAUUGAUGUGAGUGAAAAGGACAGGAGAUAGCUGACUGAUCUUCUAUCGGUUGAAAUGUAAAGUGCUGUACAUAAUCUAAAAUUAUUGGGAAUCCAAACUUAAAAUAGUGGAAGCAAAUCUCACAAAAGAGUUAAUGAAUAGGUCAGGAAGUAUGCUAAAAAUAAAAUGGCCAAUGAAACAUUAGAAUUAUGUAGAAAUACUCCUAUCAUUGAAUAAUAAAUUGAAGACUUAAUACUCAAGGACUUUUAGACUUCUGGAAACUUUGAAAAAAUAGUAUUAAACGAAUAAACAAAUGCUCAAGGCCAAGGUAAAUCUCUUAGAUAGAAGGGAUAAAUCAAAUUGAUGCAGGAUGAUGUGGGCUUCGAUGAAUAAGAUAAAUUGCUUGUUUUUGUUGUUGGAGGUAUUGGGUAUAAUGAAGCCAGGAGUCUUAUGAACAACAAAGUCAUUAACAAAAAUUUAGUUAUUGGAAGCACAUUCAUAUUGAGACCUAAUGAUUAUGUCAAAGAACUUGUGAAAUUAUAGAAAUUAUGA